AUGGCUUUAAAUGUAUAUGGUGCAUUAAAAUAUCAGUACCCUUCAGUGAGUGUGGAUGAUCUAACAAGUAUGUGUUCGAAGAUGACAGCUCUAGGAAAAUCAACGGUCUACAAACUUCUUAAGGAAAGGAAAACAAGUGGAUGUUUAAGUAGUCUAAAGUCUCGGUCAGGAAGGCCAAAGGUUUACAUCGAUGAAGAUUACAAAUAUGCAAUCCUCAGGAAAGUCCACUCAUUUUACUUUAAAAAGAAAAUUCCUACCAUCGAAAAAAUUUGGCGUCCUUUUUGGAAGACGGAUGGCCAUCAAUCAGAAGAAAUAAGCUUUGGCAGGUCUUAUUUACGGACGAUUAAGAAACUCGGGGAGGAAGGAAAAACUAUUUUUUAUUUGGACGAGAUUUGGGUUAACGAGGGGCACACUGUAGGAAAAAUAUGGCAAGAUAAGACGGUUAACAAUUUUAGACAAGCUUUCUUGGAGGGAAUAUCAACAAGAUUGAGAGCUCCAUCAGGGAAAGGCAGACGAUUAAUAGUAACACAUAUUGGUAGUGACAGUGGUUUUGUUGAUGGUGGCCUACUAUUAUUUGAAUACAUCAAUGCAGAUGUGUUCGAGGAAUACUUUAUACAAAUGCUAGAUCUUAUUCCAGCCGGAUCUGUAAUUGUUCUUGACGACGCCAGUAACUACUCGAGACAAGUUGAGAAUCUACCUACGACGUCAUGGAGAAAACAAGACAUUAUUAACUGGUUAAUACAAAAAAAUAUUACAUUCAACAAUGACUUGGUGAAAAACGAACUUUUGUCAAUUGUCGAAAUAAAUAAAAAUCCCCACAAGAAAUAUAAUAUUGAUGAAGUGGCAAGAAAUCGUCAAAUUACUAUUAUUCGUCGUCCUCUCUAUCACUGUGAACUCAAUCCGAUCGAAUUGAUAUGGGCCCAAGUUAAAGGCAAAGUAGCUCGGAAAAACACAACAACACAAUUAAAGGGCGUUAGAAUAUUACUAAACGAAGCUUUAAAAAACAUUAUUGCUGAUGAUUGGCAAAAAUGCAUUCAGCAUGUUAAAGAGGAAGAAAAAAUGUGGGAAUUAAACAACAUUAUUGAUCAAACUGUAGAACCUCUCAUGAUUAAUUUAAACAAUUCAUCCACUAGUUCUUCGGAAUAA